AUGGAAGAUAGCUAGCUACUUUUGUCUCAAGAUACUUAAAAACAUCAUCAAGACUCUGAGAUAACUUAGUAAGAUUUCAUUUUCAAUUGUAUUAGAGGAAAAAACGACAAUGACUAUAAAUCAAUCAAAAGCUCUAUGAAGAAGUCUAUCCUCAAUUCAAAGAUAGAGUCUGACAGAUACAUUGCGAAGCAUCAAUUUGGAGUUCUGGAAGAUUCAAUCGUCGAUCCGUUAAACGAAGAGCAAAAGAGAAACGGUGGUUGGUUAUGGUCGGGUAUCUGUAUGAUUUUGAGUUUCAUUCUGACAUUUGUUUGCAUGCAGAAACUUAUGCAAGCAAGAGCAAGACACAACGUAUCUUUCAGUGAACUUGGAUUUAGGGCAAUGGGAAAACCUGGUAGAUUUGCUGUUGAUCUUUUCCUGACUUUAUAAUAGUUUGGAUUUGUAUGCGGUUAGCUCUAUUUCAUUCUCAGCACUACUGAGACUGUAAUAAAAGAUGCAACUCCAAAUCACUAUGACUUUAGCAGAAUAUAUAUUGGGAUUAUUGCUUUCUUUGUGAUGACUCCAUUAAGUUAUGUUAGACAAGUUUAGAAAUUCGCCAUAUUUUACAUUUUUGCAGAUGUUUUGAUUUUGGUUACUGUCGUCACUAUCAUUGCCUAUUCCUCUCAAUCAGUGGUUGACCACGGAUGGGGUGAAGGAGACGAACUCCUCAACAAAGGAGCAUUUUUGAGUAUGAUUGGGUCAUCCAUCACUGCUUUUGAAGGAAUCGGUAUUGUGAUCCCAUUACUAGAUAUAACGGAAAAACCUGAACUUUACCCAAGAAUUUUAUUUGCUGUGCUUUGUACAGUGCUCUUCUUAUAUACUUUCUUUGCUGAAUUCAACUACUUUGCCUAUGGGGAUAAGAUCGUUGAUCCAUUGAUUACAGCCCUCUUACCUACAGGAAUAAUAGUGUAUCUUGUAAAAAAUUUCUUUACUUUAAACAUGGUAAUCACCUUCCCACUACAAGUGUAUCCAGCCAAUAUUAUCAUCGAAAGCUACAUAUUUAAAAACAUGAAGCCAUCUAAGAAAGAAUACAUUUUGAAAAAUUUAAGUAGAACUGUGCUAUCAGCACUUGCAGUCAUAGUAACAAUCUCACUAGGAGAUGGAACUGAUAAGUUUUUGUCGCUUGUUGGCUCACUCGCAUGCUGCCCAGUUUCAUUUGCUAUUCCUGCUUUAUUGCAUUACCAUUUAUGCAAUCCUACAAAGAAUGAGAAGAUAGUUGAUAUUUUGCUUUGUGUAAUCGCAGGAUUAAUAUUAGUAUUCUGUACCGGAUUCACUAUUUGGACAUGGAAUGAGUGA